AUGGCCGCUAAACGACUCAAGAUCGGCUGCGCCGGCCUCGGGCGCAUGGGUAAGCGGCAUGCGCUCAACUUCCUUGAGCGCACUCCGCGCGCCGAGCUCGUCGCCGCCAGCACACCGGACGACACCGAGAUCGAAUGGGCUAAGGUCCACCUGGAGCCGUACGGCGUCAAGCUCUACAAGAACUACGACGAUAUGCUGAAGCACGAAGGCCUCGAAGCCGUCAUUGUUGCCUCCGCUACUGCCGUGCACGCCGAACAAGCCAUCAAGGCCAUCGAAGCUGAGAAGCAUGUCCUCUGCGAGAAGCCGCUGAGCACGAGCGUUGAGAUCUCCCAGUCCGUCCUUGAUGCCGCGAACGCAAAGCCGCACCUCAAAGUCAUGUGCGGAUUCUCGCGCCGGUUCGAUGCUUCGUACCGGGAUGCGUACAACAAGAUGUCCUCUGGUGCGCUGGGAACGCCCAGCGUCAUCCGCAGCCAGACCUGUGAUAAGCUCGAUCCGACGGGGUUCUUUGUGGCGUACGCCGAGUUCUCGGGCGGCAUUUUUGUCGACUGCUCCAUCCACGACAUCGAUCUGACCCUGUGGUUCUUCGGCCAAGACUCCAAGGUCCGCUCUGUUUCCGCGGUUGGCAUCACAGCUGUUGAGCCGGAUCUUCGCAAGCACAACGACCGCGACAACGCCGUCGGGCUCGUCGAGUUCUACGACGGCAAGAUGGCGUACUUUUACGCCUCCCGGAUGAUGGCCGCGGGCCAGGAGGACACGUCCGAGUUCAUUGGGACCAAAGGCAAGGUCACAGUGAACGCGCAGCCUCAGCUAAAUCUGGUGCAAACGUUCGACGCAGGCGGCGUUAAGAAGGAGAUUCCGCAGCACUACUAUGACCGCUUUGAGUAUGCAUUUGUUACCGAAGCGAAUGAGUUUACUGCGGCUGUUUUGGAGAACAAGCCCGUGCCCUUAAAACUGGAGGGGGCCGUGCAGGCGGUGCGCAUUGGCGCAGCGUUGCAGGAGAGUCUGAUCACGGGGGAAAAGAUCUUCUUCGAUGAGAAUGGACGGCGGGUGGAGAAGAAUAAGCUGUGAAUGAAUUAUGACUUGGCAUUGGUAUUGACUUUUAUGGGUAUAAAGCUAGAUUGUCGAUAGACAUAAUCUUAUGAA